CGACAAGAGAAGAGGAUCGAAUGGCCUUCUCUGCCACAAGCGGCGAGGUGGUUGUGGUGCAUGACAGGAGCGAUGGUGUGGAGGAGGAAGAGGAGGUGGUGGUGAUCGGAGGUGCUGCGUUCGAAGAGGGUUUCGAUGGCGCCGCAGCAGCCACACUGGCCACAACAACAACAACAACAACAACAACAACAACAACAACAACAACAACAACAACAACAACAACAACAACAACAACAACAACAACAACAACAACAACAACAACAACAACAACACAACAACAACAACAACAACAGCAACAACAACAACAACAACAACAACAACAACAACAACAACAACAACAACAACAACAACAACAACAACAACAGCAACAACAACUGCAGCAGCCACACUUGCAACAGCAGUUGCAGUUGCUGCCACAAGUGCACCAUACCGUCGCUCAGCAUGUGUCGCUGAACAAUCAAUUUUUGCAUCAUCACAAGCAACUGCAGAUACAGCAACAACACAACCACCAGCAGGUCCAGCAACAGCAGCACUCGGCAUCGUGGCAGUUUGCACUGCACGAUGCCCAAGACAUUACCGUUGCCUCGACGACACAACAAGCUGUCCUCCCACCCUCUCGUCCACCACAUCGCAAGGACCCAACCUCUGACAUGUUCCUGCACACACCAAACAACGUCAUCUUCUUUGUGCUCAUGAACGUGACAAGCACCGCUGCUAUGACCAACACCAUGGAGAAAGCCCAGAAUGGGGUGUACGCUGCGCACCACGCUUCAUAUGGGGUGGCAGACACACCUUCAAAGAUCAGCCUGUCACACAGCAUUGCCCCAGUCAAAAUGAGUCAAACUGGCAUCAUUCGAUAG